AUGCCUGAUAUUGAGCCAUCAAGCUUGAAGGAGGGAAAGUUAUAUCGGGAUCUAGAAAAAUCGGUAUCAAGCUUAGAUGAGACCAAUCCACCAUUAUAUCCAGCACCAAAACCACUCAAGCGAAAGUUGAUAAUAUAUCUACUCAUAGAGAGCACUAUUUCCCUCUCGUUAUACUAUAACUAUAAUCUGUUGAUCAAUAUACACCCGCUUGUGGCACCAACAUUACUUGGAUCAUCCACGGCAGCAUUGGCACAGUCUAUAAACCAAUAUUUUAAUAAGAAAUUGAACUUUAGGAGGGUAUGCAAGUUCGUAGUAUGGGGGUCGAUUAAUGGAUUUUUUACGGCUCUUUGGGUUGAAUUGUUGAUGAGCAAGUUCGACAAAACGUUGCAUAGAAUAUUUGUGGACCAAUUAGUCGGAGCACCUACUUUUCAAAUGGUGUUCAAUGUACUAAGUAGCUUGUGGGAGAACGGUGAAAUCUCGGCCAGUACAAGGCAGAAGUAUAUCAAAUCUUUGAAGUACAGUUACUGUUACUGGCCUUUGUUUUCUAUUGGUACAUUUAUAUAUAUUCCCAAGAAUAUGAUAGUACCUGCAAAUUGUUUGGCCAAUUUGGUGUGGAACAUCAUACUAAGCAAGCUAAGUUAA